AUGGCGUAUGCCUCGGUCGCCCAGGCUGAGCAUGAGGCCGUAUACCGCGAGUCCGCUGCUGACUCUGUCCACCAUGAUCCGCAUUCCUACUCACCCGCCCGUUCUCCAAUCCUUCCCGAAAUCUCCAGUCCACCGCUUUCCCUGCCACUGUUCGAUCAGUUCUCCCGAGAUGGCGACCUCUCGGUCGGUUCUCCAACUGGACCAAAUGCCGUAGGCGUUGGGUCUCUUCUUAAGUCUUUGUCUUCCUCGCAGUCGUAUCAAAUGGUGGAAGAGGAUGACUACGAGGAGCCCAUGCCCAAAUAUCCAGAACCUCUCGCACUGCGAUCGAAAAUGGACGUUCUCCCACCCGCACAGGACAAAGCCGCAUUCCAGAAAGAGGACCCUCCAAUCAGAACAGCCUCAAUCAGUCGUCACCUGCCCUUAAAUCAUCCGACCCCAGAUUUACAGUCGCUGCAAGGGGCCUUGGUCAAAAAUGUGGAACGCCUGGAAGAAAGCGCUGAACGUUUGAGCAUGACCUCGAGCCUUGAGGAUGAGCUGAAUAAGAUGAAGCAAGAUCAAAAGCGACUAGAGCGGCAGUCCUCUGCGCCGGCGACUUUGGACAACCCUAUUCGACCAUCAGUCCAGAGACAGUACUCAACUGGUUCAUGGUCGAAUUCCAUUAUUGGUGUGAACCAGACGGCCAGGUUAGGAGGAUAUUCUCCCUCAGGAUACCACAUCACGUCUCCGUCUGGUUCAAUCCGCUCGGGGCCACGUACACAUCAGCACCAUAUCGAACGGCGAUCUUCAAAGGACAAUCAUCUCAACCAUGUUUUGCCGACCUUGGAAGGCCGGCCGUUGCAAUUCAGUCCGGAGCGUACUACCUCCAUCUCCAUCUAUCCUGAAGACGAAACGGCGCCCAAUCCGCUGCGACGAACGUCCAAUGGGUCAGUCCAGGAGGAGAGGCCAACUACAUCCGCUUCCAACGAAACAUAUCGUCAAGCUCAAGCCGUGUUCAACGACUUUGAUGGAGUGCAUUACGGCGGACCUGUGUCACAUGAAUCAGCUGCUGCUAUGUCACGACGAAUAUCACUCCAUCAACCACCACUUGCACGGGACUCGAAAGCCUACAAAGAACCUCAACCGGGAGAAAGAAUGAUCUACUAUCCUGCGCCAGUUCCAGUCAUGUUGAACCUCCCACAGAGACUUUCAAAGUUCAACAUUAGUGAACGAGACAAACGUCGGCUCCAGGCACUGAGUGGCAUCCCAGAUGAUGCGCGUAAAUCGGCCAUCUGGCUCAAAGAGGAAGAUAGCGCCAAAAUACAAGAUCCAGGCACCAGCGCUUUUUUUGAACAGCCUAGUGUCACUCAGGAUCUCCAGCUCAAGAACGGCUCCGCUGUCCAGACGCUGGACAGUGUCUUGGACGCCGCCGCACACGCUCCUGUGUCGGCCUUCACUGAUCAUCCAAUUGCUGGUCAUCUUGGGAAGGAAGUGUAUGGUCCGGACGCCUCCCCUAGAAAGAGUAUGCAAUUAGACGAAGCUAAGACAAAGAAACGCCGGAGUUCAAUUGGCACAAUGCUCAAGACAAGACGUUCAAGCACUGCCCUCUCCAAUUCGGGCCUGCUGCGCUCAAAAUCAAGAGGCUCUCAAAAUCUAGAUGUCGACGACCAAGCUAGUGGGGAUGAACUUGACCGAGCUACGGCUGCAUCUAUAGCGCCUGAUGGUGAUGAGAUACCCGAUGAAGAAGAGGACAAGGACGUCGCCCCACCAGGAUUUUCGACAGCGCCAACGACUCUCCUUGCCGAGUUACAGAUGCGCAAGGAACAACAAAGAUUGCGUAAUCGUACUGCGGCAGACGCCUUCCCCAAUGGCAUGCACUCGACUUUGCUUGAGCUGGAUGCUGUUACGCAACUUCAACAGCGAGCCCGAAAGACCAAGCAUGUCACCUUGGCUUGGGAAGAUCAUGAUGAAGCGGACAAGCAGAACUUUGAUGAUGAGGAUGUACCUCUCGGAAUCCUGUUCCCCGAAAAGGAUAGAGCAGAGCACGCCAAUGCCCAUAGACCAAUUGGUCUCCUUGAGAAGCGGGAAAUGGAGGAGAACGAGCCUUUGAGUCAACGACGGGCGAGAUUGCGAGGCGGGCAAGUUCAAACUUCGAAAUCCGAGGCUAAGAGUCAGAUUGAGGAGGGAAGCCGGCCACCAUUCAUCGAGGAAGUCCCAGGCCUAGCUCAAGAAACCCUGCCCGAAGAUGAAGAUGAGACUCUAGCACAGAGGGCAGCAAGGAUGAAGCUAGAGAAAGAGAAAGGUACUGGAGGCCAAUUUACAGAGGAGUUGACCUCACAAUUAGGUCUUAAUGGCACGAACGACGUCCCCCCACCAUCAAAAACACCGGAUAUGGAAGAAACAUUAGCACAGAGGCGAAAGCGGCUGAAGGAGGAAGCAGCCGCCAACCCGCAGGGCAUUCAUCAGGUCAAACCCAUGCAUAGCCUGGCUAAUUUACUCCAAGCUCAUCCUGCUGGUGCCCAGUCAAAACCAGGGCUGCCAAGGACCAGUUCGAAUCAGGUAUACAACUCGAUGCAGAACCCAAAUUGGGGCUAUCCUCAGCAAAAUACUGCUUUAAAUGGAGCUUACGGGUAUCCGCAGAAUGCCGGGUAUAUGAAUGGAGGAUUCGGCGCACCGUUGCCCACCUAUAUGCAACAGACAUAUCCAUACUCAUAUGGUACUCAACCAUAUAUCCAGGACCCGAUGAUGGGCCCACCGUUGGAUCCCAGACAGCGAGCGCAAAUUGAUCGCUGGCGACAGAGUAUCGUGCAAUGA